GCUCAGAACGACGAUGACGAUUUAGUCUCGGAUGGACGCUACGCUGCCAAGCAUCGUCAGUCAGGCUUACGCUGCUCUCUCUCUCGGAAAUCGCCAACUCCAUACGAAAUCGGAUUCGCAAGUCUCCAUUUAUAAGCGAUCGAUCGCGAUGUUCCUCGCCACGUGACUCUGCCUUGAUAUAACUCGAAAAAGCCGUCGCUAAAUCGGAUUUAUUGUGUGGCAUGUCCAGAAAAUGUUUGAUAAGAUCGAUUGGUGAUGCUGAAAAGCAGCCAAGUGUGUGAAGUUUAACAAAAAUAAUGAUAAAAACCAAUAAAAAACAAAAUAUGUGAAUUAGGGGAAAUAUUUUAAAAAAGAAGCAAGAAAAACAACCAAACAAGAAACAAAAUAUUUAAAAGUGAUUUAAAUUAAUAAAAAAUUUAUGCUGUUUUGGAAAUAUAUCAUUUGGAAAAUAUGAACCAGCUGUGCAAAGUGUGCGGCGAACCGGCGGCUGGUUUUCAUUUCGGGGCUUUCACAUGCGAGGGCUGCAAGUCCUUCUUUGGCCGCACCUACAACAACAUCGCGGCGAUAGCAGGAUGCAAACACAAUGGCGACUGUGUGAUCAACAAGAAGAACCGCACGGCUUGCAAGGCUUGCCGCCUGCGGAAGUGCCUCCUGGUGGGAAUGUCCAAGAGCGGAUCCCGCUACGGCCGGAGAUCGAACUGGUUCAAGAUCCACUGCCUCCUCCAGGAGCAGCAAACAACGGCGGGCGCUGGAGGAGGAGGCGCCUCAGGCGGUGGAGGAGGAGGAAACGGCGGGGUAAGCAGCGCCAGCCUGGAGCAACUAGCUCGAUUACAGCAGGCUAGCAACCAGGCGCGGCAAACGUAUCAGGAUAAGACUAACCCCUGCAUCAAGUCCGCCACUUCCACAUCACCGAGGAUCGAGGGAGCGGCUGUGGGAGCCGGUGUGGGGGUCGGAGCCGCCUCACCGUCCUUCCUGCAGGCGGCCAAGUUCCAUCAUCAUCACCAGCAUCAGCGACACUUGAAGCUGGAAUCCCGCCUCAGCAACACGCCCAGUGACUCCGGAGCCUCAUCGGCUGGCGAUCCCAAUGAGGAUGGAGCCACUAGUGUGCUCAGUGGCCACAUUGCCACAACAACCACGAACGCAGGCAACCAUCCCCGCUUUGAUCUGAGAAAUCCCAGCUUUCCAGCUAGCUCUGAACCGGAUGCGGAUCUUCAGCGCCAGCGACACCAGGAGCUGCUCGAGAUCUUUCGCAGUCACUCGGAGCCGCUGUACAGCUCCUUUGCCCCAUUUAGCCACCUGCCACCCGUACUCCUUGCCGCCGGCGUUCCGCCUCUGCCCAUUUUCAAGGAUCAAUUCAAGGCGGAGCUGCUGUUUCCCACUUCCAGCAGUCCAGAGCUGGAGGAGCCUAUCGAUCUGUCGCUGAGAUCGCGUCCGGAUCCGGCCAGUCCGGUAGCUCGCAGCUCCAAUAGUCCCAGCUUGAGUGAACCCGCUGCCGGGAGCCAUUGCUUAGGGGAAUCCCCGACAUUUGCGCGCAAGACCACGCCCCUCGAUCUCACCCUGGUGAGAUCACAGACCCUGACGGGCUGAGGUCAUCUCGUGAUUGCCAGAGAAUUCGUUCGAGUGCCAAAACAAUUUCGAGUACUGUAGGUUAAGGUAUGUACAAAAAUUCUAACAACUUGUGAAAAAUGAAAGGGUUUCUGAAAUGAUUGUUUCAAAAAUAGGGUAUUUCACAUAAAAUAAAAACGCAGUUUCUUAUCCAUAAAAAUAUUUUUUAAAUUCUUAUAAAUUUUUGUUUAUAUUGCAACUUUUUCAGUCCCAAAGCCCAUUGAUUUAACCCGAGAAUAAAUAUUUUAAGAAGUGUAGAGAAAUUGCAAAUUUUGGUGCCAGUGAAAUGAUGUACAAAAUAUUCAUAUUCAUAGGUUUAAAGUUAGCUCAAUUAAACCAACUAAGUAAUAAUUAUGUUUAAGGAUGCUUAGAUACACUUAGACAUAAAUUAUAAAAUUUAGAAAAAUUUACAAAUGAUUGUCAUUUGAUGUGCGAUAUGUAUUUACGUUUUUAUUGU